UAUUUCAAGUAUCUUUUUAUUUAAGUGCAAGUUACUAUAACAAGGAUGAAAAAGGGUCAUAGCUCAAUUUCUAGCAAGACCAAACCAUUACUGGAUAAGAACGAAAACGUUUCCGAAAUAAAUGCCCCGGAGGAAAACAUCCUGAACAUAUCUACUAACCAAUCUAUUAGAAAUGACACAAUCAUAAAUGUAUUCCUUAUAAUAUGUAUAGUCGGUGUAUCUUUAGCUAUACUGUUGGAAAUAAUAAAUGUACAAAAUAGGAGAGGAACUGUUUCCAAAGACAAUGUAGAAAACAGAAGGUCUUAUUGGGUGUAUUCUGCCUACAACGAUGUUGAAAACAAGAAUGGAUUGCUCAAACACGUCCAUCUGGUGUUAGAAAGACUUGGUUUCGAGAAGCGCACGAACAAAACUUCCUGGACAUUGCUUUGGUCUCACGAUUACCCGUUCAGGGUUUUAUAUCCGAAUUUGCAUAGAUUAAAAACUUAUCAGAAGUUAAACCAUUUCCCUGGAACAGGUUUCAUCACAAACAAAGUGGAUUUAGCGACGUCUGAUUCCAAAUUUAUUCCCCGAGCGUAUAAAAUACCCAAAAAUAAGAAGGAGUUUUUGGAAUACGCCGGAGAAAAUAGAAAUGCAGUGUUUUUGGAAAAGCACAAUCAACAUCGAGGUGUGUACUUAAAGAACGUGACCGCAAUUGAUUUGUCAAGCGGCGAAAGUUUUGUCCAGGAGUACGUGCAAAAACCGUUCUUAGUGGACGGCCAUAAGUUCGACAUUGGCGUGUACGUGGCACUCACUUCUGUAAAUCCUUUGAGAGUGUACUGGUAUAAAGGAGACGUUUUAUUCAGAUAUUGUCCUGCGAAGUACUACCCAUUUGACCCAAAAAACCUGGACAAAUAUGUGGUGGGUGAUGACUACCUGCCUACAUGGGAGGUCCCGUCUCUGGCUCAUCCUUACACCUCACUGGGGUUUAGCAUGAAAGAAGCUUUCGACCAUUAUGCUAGGUCUAAGGGCAAGAACUCAACCAGAAUGUGGGACGAUGUGCAGGAAGCGAUCACCGAAGUCUUUGUCAAGAAAGAACACCAUAUCAUCAGUGCACUUAAAAACUACCCAUCCCAAGACAACUUCUUCGAGCUGAUGCGAUUCGACCUGGUAGUGGACGAAGACUUCAAAGUUUAUCUGCUAGAAGCUAACAUGUCUCCUAACUUGAGCUCCGCACACUACCCACCGAACCAGCUGCUGUACGAACAGGUUCUCUUCAACUUGUUCUCACUGGUUGGACUUGCAACGUAUAUGAACGAUAGCAACGAGGACCAGGGGACCAGAAAUAUGUUAUCAUCACAGAAGAAUAUAGCGGUUUACAGUGAAGAAUGCAGUUCCAUUUGUAAGGACAGUUGCGAAGUUUCAGACAAAUGCAGUCUUUGUAGACACUGUAUAAGCAUUAGGCUGAGAAAUAGUUUGCUGGUUGCAUAUAGAGAAAACCUGGGUAAAGGAGAUUAUAGAAGAUUAUUUCCGCCUGCUAUGAAACCAAAUCAAAAUACUGAUAAGAAGAUAAAGAAUAUGACUCAAAUCAACGGACUACAAUAUCUUUGGUACCAAGGGAAGUGCAAUACAGAUGUCACAUGGUGUGUGUAAUUCAUGAUAAUCGUCAACCACAUAAAGUUCUACUACUGUAUACAAACA